CACCUUCAAUAGACUCAAAUAUCACAGUAUCUAACAGCAAAAAAGAUCGUGUGUGUGUGAGGAGGAUUGCGUGUGGUGGCGUGCGGCAGCAGCACCCAGCGGCGAGGCCACUCCCCAGCCACCACCAGUACCACCACAACCACCACUACCACCACCACUACCACCCUCCGGACUCAUCACCACCAUCAUGGGCGUCAUCAGGAAGCUGGCCAACACCGCCGCCGUCAUCACCUUCAGCGAGGAGUCCAUUAACUCAAUAGAUGUUCUCCAAGAAUUCAUCAUGGCAUUCAUUCCUGCAUCAGUGAUCCAGUCAUCAGUUAAGCUGAGAGCAGCAGCACCAGAAUCUCAACUUCGGUCAAAUCUAUUUCUACCCCCUGCAUGUAUACACUUCCUUUCAGUGUGUUCAAAAGGGACAUGAAGCUGAUCAUGCAGAAAUUGUUGUUGCUGUUAAUGACAAAAUAGUUUACAGAUUGUAGGUACGAAUGAAGACGACAGGCUUGAGACAUGACGGAUUGGGAAUCAGCCAGCCAGCUACACCACCAUCGGAGCCCGAAUCUGUAGAUAGUGAGCCCCCAGUAUUUGUGCCUCGUCGUCGUGACCCAGGUUUACUCUUUCAACGUUUGGAAAAUCACCGUCGAAAUCAGCAUGCUGGGGCACGAAAAACUAGAAGGGCUAAUAAUACCCAAGCCCUGCAGACUCUUGUGGAGGAUGAGAUGGAGGAAAUUGGUGAGCCAAGUAUUUCUGAUCUCCAGCCCAACACCCAGAAUGCUUUCACCAAACUUUUCAAUGAUUACAACAGUAUGAGGGUGUGGCAGUACUUUAUAACGCAGGAUGAGAUCCAGCAGAAGGAGUACCUGGAAGCCAUUCGUCCUAAGAAUAGAAAUCAUGCCAAGACUUUAAGUGGCUUCUCCUUUACUCAAGUGCCUGUAAAUGUUGAUAAUCCUGAUGAAGAGAAGCUUUCAGACGCAGAAGGAUUUACGAUUGUGUCACCAGUAACUGACUGUCGUUGUGUCCAUCCCGCUUGCAAUGAAGAGCAGCGGUUUGGCCUGAUGGAGUCACAAAUACAAUCCCUCCUAAAGAAAAAGCACAUGCCACUGGGUGUGCUUUCCUACUUAGAAGAGGAGGUAGUGGAAUUAUUCACUGCUGAUCCUUCGACUGUCUAUAUCACCCAAGAACUAACCAGCUUUGAGAGGCUCUUAGUUCAUGCCCUUUGUCAGUACAACUUUUUAAGUUCCAAAAGUACUACUAUAGCAAGUGUGAGAAGAACGAAGGUAGAGAAUGGUAGAGGAUGUUUCCAUGCUCCGAGAGUGUCGCUCACUCGGUAUAUCGAGACGUAUUACAGAGCCAAGUAACAUUUGCUAUUUCAAAAUGUUUUAUGAAUUACAAUCCAGAAAUUAAUUUCAUAAAAUUUGUUCAGAAUUGAAAGUAGUUACAUAAAGAGCUUAUAUUGUUGGAAACUUAAAAUUUUUGCUGAUGUCAUACAUUUUGAUUGGUUGUAAUGCACUUGAUGAUGUAUUUGUUAAUGCACUUAUGACAUACAUGGUUGUAAUUAAUAAUAGCUUAAUACUGUAGUUUGUGAAUACAUUUUUAAGUAACACUGUCAAUGUGAGCUUUGAGGUGACAUUUAUAUUACAAUAUUUUCCUAUACAAAAUUUGACUAUCAAACACAAACGUGUUUUAUUUUUCCAGUGGACUUAACAGUAAUAUUUUAGUAUAAAUGUCUGUUUUGAUUAAGUGUUUUCAUGUAGUAAUAAUAUAAAUUUUUAUUGUAUCAUUAUCCUGAAUAAAAAAUGAAUACAGUAAUGUAUAUUUAUACUGUUAUAGUCACUUGUAAUACUAUUAUAUUUGAGGCUCUUAUCAAAUAAGAGAAAUCUGUAAAGUUUAAGUAGUCACAGUAUAAAAUAUUUUCUUU